AUGUGCCGCACACUUUUACCUGAACGCCCACCAGUCGACCCUAGACAUCUCCACCUUCUGCCACCGCACUCAUCCUGCGUACGCGAUCUUGUCUUGUCCUCUCCGCCAUCCUACUCAGACGCAAUGGCCGCUCACACGAUAUCUGGUACUAUGUUACAAGACAAGAGCUCCGUGCCAGAUGCAGGCAAGAAUACCAGUCACGAUGAACCAACAGCUUCACCGACCACCAACAGAUCCGCCAGUAAACCAGAGCAGUCUGGCGAAGUACUCGGCGAUGAGGUUGUUGAUGGGAGUGACGUCAAACGCGAGCGAUCCCAAGACGCGUCUCUAGCCAGCAAGAGGUGUCUGCCCGAGCCAUGCACCAAUGAAGAAGAACCUGAGUCUAAGAACAUGAAGCGAUCCUGCACAUCCCUAAAUGGCAACGCUGAGCCUACGCCGGAGAUCAGCAAAGAGACAUGGCAAGGCUUUUGCGAAAUUGAAUCGGAGCCGGCCUACUUUGCCACUAUCCUACGAGAUAUGGGCGUACAAGGCAUCAAUGUCCGGGAGGUUUUCGCAAUGGAGCCAUGGUUUUUGGAAACACUUCCACAGCCCACCUACGGUCUGAUUCUGCUUUACCGGUAUCGUGACAAUGGCUCUUCUGAACGGCCCACGGAGGCGCCACGCCCCUUGUGGUUCGCCAACCAGCUCCCAGCUCAGAACAGUUGUGCAACAUUAGCCAUGAUCAACAUCAUCAUGAAUAGCACCGAUGUUGAGAUCGGAGAUCACCUGCAGCAAUUCAAAGACUUUACGGAAGACUUUACACCCUAUCAGCGAGGUGAGGCGCUCGCCAGUUUUGACUUUGUUAAGAAGAUACACAACUCCUUUGCAAAGAGGAUGGAUAUGCUUGAAGCAGACAAGCAUCUCUCUUAUAAAGUCAAGAAAGCACAGCGUCUUCUCAAGGACAAAAAGGCUCGACGCAAAUCUACCGAUUCUGCAGCUACAGAUGAUAGCGCUGAAGGCUAUGAAGACAAUGCACAUCACUUCAUAGCAUAUAUCCCAGCAGGCAACGAAGUCUGGAUGCUCGACGGUUUUAACGCACAGCCAACAAGUGUAGCCCAAUUCGAUACAGAGCGAGGGGAGACCUGGCUUUCUCUGGCUGCGGAGUCCAUACUCUCCAUCAUGGCUGAUGAGGGCCACGAGUAUACCAGUUUUGCCAUCACACAGUCCCCCCUGCUGCCCCUUCGCGAGCAGGCUUGCCUUGCAAUCGACACCAUCAAACACAUUGAGUUACGUCUGGAUCACAUUUCGAGAGACUGGAGGUCUCUUGCUACCGACGAACCAUCCCCACCAAAUCUUCAAAUGCUCGGUAUCGAAGAUCAGCUAUCUCUGCACACUGUGCCGGAUACAGUGGCGACAGCUAUCUCGAACGAGGAAAUGCCCGCUCUGGUUGAACGACGGAAACAAGUUUUCAUAGACCUGGACCAGCUUGCAGCAGAUAUCGCGUCAGAAACGCAGACCGAAGCUGAGGAGACCCAGAAGGCUGCCCAGCGGCGGUACGAUUGCGGGCCUGUGAUCAAGAUGUGGGCAGAGAUGCUCGCCGGCAACGGGUUUCUGGAGGGAAAUCUCGAUGGCUUUAUGCCUUCUAGCAGCCGAGACAAGAAGGCGAAGAAAUGA